AUGGAAAUCAGGCUCAACUAUCAUCUUGGCACGGGAGAAGGCGGAGACGAAAUAAGAUACAGUGUCUGCCAAGUGCUUAUUGAACAUCAAGUUCCCCACGUUGUAUGGUUUGAAGACACUCUCGUCCACUACGGUGUCCCUACUGCUGUGUUUGAUCUGUAUAUUCUGGUCAAAGAUAUUGAGCUGGCUGCCAAUCUUCUGGCUAAGGCCGGGUGGAGUUCCGAUAUGCAAUUACCACAUCUCCGCUUGAUAUCCCCAAAGGGCCAGACGAGAACUGUCCUCCUUCCUGCGGCAGACUGGAGGUUUUAUUUAACACACAACGCUCGAUUGGAAUGGGUGCCUUUAGAGAUCAUGCCGUCGCUCAAGGUGCCAUUUCCGCCACUGGCAAGCUUCCUGGAUGCGCUAAUCGAGAGCUGGCUAGAAUGUCCCAGCAACUAUGAAAUGCUAUCACUCGUUUUGGCUUGCCAAAUCUCUUAUCUCUACGCGCAUGUUCCAGCUUUGAAAGAGAAGUCGUUUGCCGAGCAGCUGAGACUUGAACAUCGUCAGUUUCACUUUGAUGUGUUGGCAGGAAUGGAGACUGGUACAAUUCCGUUUCGGAAACAUCAGCUAGCAAUUCGUGAUGCGCUGUUACGGGGCCAGUAUGAAUUGCGGGAGUGCUCUGCUUCCCGUGACAAUAGGGAUUUGUUUGACCCCUUUGGAGGGAUCAGUUUUGAAUCAGUUGGGGAGGAGGAGCACGAUGAGGAUUCUCAUGAGUCCCACAUAGAUUGA